CUCCUCCUCACCAGCGCUAAAGCCGGGACUGGACCGAGCGGAGUUGUGCGUGUCGCCGAAGGGGGGUGGGCCGGGGGAGGGGAGGUUCGCUCCGCGGAGCCGCAGCCAGAACCGGGUGAGGCUUAUCCCCGCUGUCUUUCCAGUCCGGGGCCGCCGAGAGUGGGGGUGGCUGGGAGCAGCGCAGCCUCCGGAGGAGGAGGCGGAGGCGGAGGCGACUAGGGAGGCGGAGAUGGGACCAAGAAUCGCCUUCAGCCCUGUCUGGUGCAUCCUUGGCAGAAAGUGAGGAGGAAAACACCCCCAUUGCUCUUUGGCAUGGACACAAGUUCAGUGGGAGGAUUAGAAUUGACUGAUCAGACUCCUGUUUUAUUAGGGAGUACGGCCAUGGCAACCAGUCUCACGAAUGUGGGAAACUCAUUUAGUGGUCCAGCUAAUCCUUUAGUGUCUAGAUCUAAUAAGUUUCAGAACUCGUCAGUGGAAGAUGAUGAUGAUGUUGUUUUUAUCGAACCUGUACAACCUCCCCCACCUUCUGUACCAGUGGUAGCUGAUCAAAGAACCAUAACAUUUACAUCAUCAAAAAAUGAAGAACUACAAGGAAAUGAUUCCAAAAUUACUCCUUCCUCAAAAGAGUUGGCAUCUCAGAAAAGAAGUGUAAGUGAGACAAUUGUCAUUGAUGAUGAAGAGGACAUGGAAACAAAUCAAGGGCAAGAGAAAAAUUCCUCCAAUUUUAUUGAACGAAGACCUCCUGAGACUAAAAACAGAACCAAUGAUGUGGAUUUCUCCACUUCCAGUUUUUCAAGAAGUAAGGUAAAUGCAGGAAUGGGUAAUAGUGGUAUCACCACAGAACCAGACUCUGAAAUUCAGAUUGCUAAUGUUACAACUUUAGAAACAGGUGUAAGCUCUGUGAAUGAUGGCCAAUUAGAAAAUACUGACGGGCGAGAUAUGAACUUAAUGAUUACACAUGUAACGUCACUGCAGAAUACCAACUUGGGAGAUGUCUCUAACGGACUGCAGUCAAGUAAUUUUGGUGUUAAUAUACAAACGUACACCCCAUCUUUAACUUCACAGACCAAGACUGGAGUAGGACCUUUUAAUCCUGGUAGAAUGAAUGUGGCAGGAGACGUAUUUCAGAAUGGAGAAUCUGCAACUCAUCAUAAUCCUGAUUCUUGGAUCUCCCAGUCAGCUUCAUUUCCCCGUAAUCAGAAACAACCAGGAGUGGAUUCUUUAUCACCAGUGGCCUCACUUCCUAAACAGAUUUUCCAGCCUUCUGCACAACAGCAGCCUACUAAACCAGUUAAAGUCACUUGUGCAAACUGCAAAAAACCUUUACAGAAGGGCCAGACAGCUUAUCAGCGAAAAGGAUCAGCUCACCUCUUCUGUUCUACCACCUGCCUUUCUUCCUUCUCCCACAAGCCUGCUCCAAAGAAACUCUGUGUUAUGUGUAAAAAAGAUAUAACUACAAUGAAAGGAACCAUUGUUGCUCAAGUGGAUUCAAGUGAAUCCUUCCAGGAAUUCUGUAGUACAUCUUGCUUAUCUCUCUAUGAAGACAAACAGAAUCCUACUAAAGGAGCUCUAAAUAAAUCAAGAUGUACAAUCUGUGGUAAACUAACUGAGAUUCGCCAUGAAGUCAGCUUUAAAAAUAUGACUCAUAAGCUGUGCAGUGACCACUGCUUUAAUAGAUACAGAAUGGCCAAUGGUUUAAUAAUGAAUUGCUGUGAACAGUGUGGGGAGUACUUGCCCAGUAAAGGUGCUGGAAAUAAUGUUCUGGUGAUUGAUGGUCAACAGAAAAGAUUUUGCUGUCAAAGUUGUGUCAGUGAAUACAAACAGGUAGGUAGCCAUCCAAGCUUCCUGAAGGAGGUUCGAGAUCACAUGCAGGACUCUUUCUUAAUGCAGCCUGAGAAAUACGGAAAACUGACAACUUGUACUGGUUGCCGAACACAGUGCAGGUUUUUUGAUAUGACUCAGUGUAUAGGUCCUAAUGGAUAUAUGGAGCCAUAUUGUUCAACUGCUUGUAUGAACAGUCACAAGACAAAAUAUGCAAAAUCACAAAGUUUGGGAAUUAUUUGCCAUUUUUGUAAGCGAAACUCUUUACCUCAAUACCAAGCCACAAUGCCUGAUGGAAAACUGUAUAACUUUUGCAAUUCCAGUUGUGUGGCUAAAUUUCAGGCUCUAAGUAUGCAGUCAUCUCCAAAUGGCCAGUUUGUAGCGCCAAGUGAUAUUCAGUUGAAAUGCAACUACUGCAAAAAUUCCUUUUGUUCAAAACCAGAAAUCCUGGAAUGGGAGAACAAAGUGCAUCAGUUCUGCAGCAAAACUUGUUCAGAUGACUAUAAGAAGUUGCAUUGCAUAGUUACAUAUUGCGAAUACUGUCAAGAGGAGAAGACUCUUCAUGAAACAGUAAAUUUCUCUGGCGUUAAGAGACCUUUCUGUAGUGAAGGCUGCAAAUUAUUAUACAAACAGGAUUUUGCAAGACGUUUAGGAUUGAGAUGUGUUACUUGCAACUAUUGUUCUCAGCUGUGUAAGAAGGGAGCAACUAAAGAACUCGAUGGUGUUGUGAGAGAUUUCUGCAGUGAAGACUGCUGUAAAAAAUUUCAGGAUUGGUACUACAAGGCUGCAAGGUGUGACUGUUGUAAAUCUCAAGGAACUCUUAAAGAGCGAGUUCAGUGGCGUGGGGAAAUGAAGCACUUCUGUGAUCAGCACUGCUUACUGCGCUUCUACUGUCAGCAGAAUGAGCCCAACAUGACAACUCAGAAAGGACCUGAAAACUUGCAUUAUGAUCAGGGUUGUCAGACGUCUCGAACCAAAAUGACAGGUUCAGCACCACCCCCUUCUCCAACACCUAACAAAGAGAUGAAGAACAAAGCAGUUCUUUGCAAACCUUUAACAAUGACAAAAGCUACUUACUGUAAACCUCACAUGCAGACCAAAUCUUGUCAGACAGAUGAUACUUGGAAGACAGAAUAUGUUCCAGUGCCUAUCCCUGUGCCUGUGUAUAUCCCAGUUCCUAUGCACAUGUACAGUCAGAAUAUUCCUGUUCCUACUACAGUUCCUGUUCCUGUGCCAGUUCCUGUUUUUCUGCCUGCUCCAUUGGACAGCAGUGAGAAGAUUCCCGCAGCAAUUGAGGAGCUAAAAAGCAAGGUUUCUUCAGACCCUCUUGAUACAGAGUUGCUUACAAUGACGGAUAUGAUGAGUGAAGACGAGGGGAAAACAGAGACUGCCAACAUCAGCAGUGUGAUUAUUGAAACAGAUAUAAUUGGUUCCGAUCUUUUGAAGAACUCUGACCCAGAGACACAGUCCAGCAUGCCUGAUGUACCAUACGAGCCAGAUCUGGACAUUGAAAUAGACUUUCCCAGAGCUGCUGAGGAGCUUGAUAUGGAGAAUGAAUUUUUAUUACCACCUGUUUUUGGUGAAGAAUAUGAGGAACAGCCCAGACCUCGAUCUAAAAAAAAGGGAGCCAAGAGAAAGGCUGUAUCAGGAUACCAGUCUCAUGAUGAUAGUUCUGACAAUUCAGAAUGCAGCUUUCCUUUCAAAUACACGUAUGGCGUAAAUGCAUGGAAACACUGGGUCAAAACUAGGCAACUUGAUGAAGAUCUUCUGGUAUUAGAUGAGUUAAAAUCUUCUAAAUCAGUAAAGUUAAAAGAGGAUCUACUCUCACACACCACAGCUGAGCUUAACUAUGGUUUAGCUCAUUUUGUCAAUGAGAUCCGACGGCCAAAUGGAGAGAAUUAUGCACCUGACAGCAUCUAUUACCUUUGCCUUGGAAUACAGGAGUACUUGGGUGGAAGUAAUCGAAAAGACAACAUAUUUAUUGAUCCUGGAUACCAAACAUUUGAGCAAGAAUUGAAUAAAAUACUGCGAAGCUGGCAACCAAGCAUACUUCCAGAUGGGUCAAUAUUCUCUCGAGUUGAAGAAGACUAUCUCUGGAGGAUAAAACAACUAGGAUCACACUCUCCAGUAGCUCUUCUGAAUACACUGUUCUACUUUAACACUAAGUAUUUUGGCCUGAAAACAGUGGAACAACACUUAAGACUUUCCUUUGGCACUGUGUUUAGGCAUUGGAAAAAAAAUCCUUUAACGAUGGAAAACAAAGCGUGUCUUCGAUACCAAGUGUCUUCCUUAUGUGGAACAGAUAAUGAAGAUAAAAUUACUACUGGAAAAAGAAAGCAUGAAGAUGAUGAGCCAGUGUUUGAACAGAUUGAAAACACAGCCAACCCUUCCAGAUGUCCUGUGAAGAUGUUUGAAUGCUACUUGUCUAAAAGUCCACAGAAUCUUAAUCAGAGGAUGGAUGUUUUUUAUUUGCAACCAGAAUGCUCUAGUUCUACAGAUAGCCCUGUCUGGUAUACAUCUACUUCACUGGACCGAAACACCUUGGAAAAUAUGCUUGUACGGGUUCUUCUAGUAAAAGAUAUUUAUGAUAAAGACAAUUAUGAACUGGAUGAAGACACAGACUAAAAAGGAACGUUUCAGAAGCAAUCGGGAUAAAACAGCAUUAGAUAGUCAUGCUGCUAGAUCUUUAUUAUGGAAAACAUUUCAAGUUUACUCCUUCUGUUUUGAGUUUUGUAGCAGUGUACCCACACUGGGUAUUACCAUGUAAAUAAUCUGUGAGUGAAAGUUGCCAUUAUUCUAUGUAGUGGUUUUAGGAUACUUAACAAAUACAUUCAAAUUCUUUUUUUAUUAUUAUUUAUUUGAUUAGGUAUGUUUGUAACUUUUUACAUUACAGAAUAUGAAUGAGAAUGUGCCAUGUAUAAUUUUUUUCUUGUAGUAAGAAACAUCCAUAUUGCACAACUCUGCUGUUGCAAAGCUUCCUUGGAAGGGGCUCUUUUACUGGGUUCUUAACCGGAUGGUUGUGUAUGGGUAGCACUACUAAAAGUUUAGAACUUGCAGUGUCUUUCGGAAUUUUUAAAAUAAACUGUAAACUAAUAGGCUGGGGUUUUUGUUUUGUUUUGGGGGGUCUUUUUGUUUUGUUUUACAUUUUAGUUACUGAAGCCUUACAAGGUUAUGUAGAGAGAUACCAUCUUCUGUACCAAAAAUAGACAAGAGAAUGCUGUCGAUAUUGGUGUACUGUAAUGUGAAUCUAUACUGCUGAAAACAAUUUUUUGUUCCCCUUAUUAAAACCUUAGUGUCCUUUUCUCAUUUGUGGCUUUCUGCAUCACCCAAUCCAUAAAAAAACAAAUAUAUAUAUAUAUAUGUAUAUAUAUAUAUGUAUGUAUGUGUGUGUGUGUAUAUAUAUAUAUAUAUAUAUAUAUAAAUGAUUGUAAGUUGAAAAGAUCAUCAAGACAUUUCCUUUGUAAAAAUGUCUGAUGAAAGUAUAAAAUUCUGUUUUCUUUUAUGCCAGCCAUAAGUAUCUGAAAUCCUCUUCAUUGAUGGAGGUUUGAUUUUUGUUUCUUUUUUUCCCUCUUAAGGAUACAGAUCAUGCUGCAAUGUUACCUGUGUAGUACUCUAAAACUUAGCAAUUUUAUUAGAAUUCUUGUGCCUGUUUACAUUGGAUAAAAUUAUUUUUAGAAAUUCCACUCCUGAAAUAGUUACAGAAAGUCAAGCUACGUUACAUAAGAUAGGAUCACAUUUUAUUAUGAAGAUUACCAGUGUAGUAAUUCUGAUAUUGCAAAUGAUUGAGGAACAAAGAAAUAAACUAAUAGAGAAAGUCAAUCUCAGAGGAAAUCCCAUUUAAUGUUAGAUUGUUUGGCUUUUUAAAUUACUUCUUAUAGAAGGUUGCAUUUAAAAAAAAUUUGUGCUUCUGCAUAGCAGUUUAUCCAUUCAGACCUUUUCUUUUAGAAUAAGGAAACUUAAAAUCUACUUUCUAAAGACUGAACAAAGUGCUAGCUGCAAAUUAUCUUGAAAUCAUUUGGCCGUUUUCUAGCAUGUGUGUAAUCAUGUUUUCUUCUGAUUCCUGAAUGACCAUGGUAGCAUUAGUGUUUAGAAAUUGUUCAGGGGAAAAUUGAGCUAUUUUCUGUAGUGGCUAGCAAUUGCUACACAUCCUUAGAUACUCCUCUCUCCCAUAGGAUAAAUGUUACAGCACACAAAAGAAAUUUUCUCAAUUCUGAUUUGGAAAAUUUCACAGGUGUCAUUAUUGUAUAUUAAGCAAUAAUUAUCUGAAUGUUUUUGGCCUAAAAUUACUUUAUAAUGUUCUAACUUGUUUUAUAAGUUUAAUGACUUUUCUGUCCCUUGAUUUUAUAUUGUUGAGUGAUAAUCAGACUGAUAGUAGCAAAUCUGAUACUACAUUACCAAAAUAGAUUGCUGAUUGUCUAUUUAACGAAGACAAGUGGGUAACAUUUAAAAUAUAUAAUACAAAAAUUUCCUCUAACUUACUUUUUCCAGAACUAAUUCUUUUAGCACUUUUCCUAUUAAUGCCUAUUGUUGAUUAAAAGGUGGUUAAUUCUAACCAUCUUUUAGUCUUCAAAGUGGUGCUAUAUUCCAUCAAGAGCAAUAAAGUUUUUCCCAGGUGUCACUUAUUGUAUAUGUUACCAAAUACCAUAAAUUUCUGCCAUAGUACUACUAUCAAGCACCUUGUCUUGCUAUUUACAGUUUCUUCAUUUGUACAUUUUUAGCUUUUCUAAGUGGAAAUGUCUACAUAAUUUUGAUCUUGACAUGAUUGAGGAUUUAGAGCUCUUGUCUUUGUCUUGAUUGCAAUCCAAUGAUAGAUUAACUUGAUUCUCAGGGGGAAAAGAAAAAGAAAAACUUAUUUUAUGAGAAUUGUUUGUUCUGUGAAACUCACUUCACCUAGAACACAUUUCAUUGAUUCUUGGAUCUUAGUUUAAGUGGUCAUAGUUGACUGCGGAGAAAAGGACAAUGAAAUGAUAGCAAUUUCCUUUUGCUUCUAGGUGAUCUCUGAUUAUAGAUAGCAUCCUGUAAAUAUAACUUUAUUGUCUUGAAAUGUUUAUUGAAGAUGCUAUAUUUUUCUGUUCUGUUUUCUGAAGAUUUUGCCAUUUAAAAUGAUCCAAUGAAACAUAUUUAUCCACAUUGAAGAAAGUGGAUUUCCCAUGCAAAUUGAAUCUUCAUUAACACAUUUUAAAAGUCUUUACUGUAUUAGGUGACAUAGAUAUUAAAGGAUUUUUCUAGGCAAGAAGCUCAACUUUUUUUCCAUAAAAAUAAUUUUUGCUUAAAUAGUAACUCAUGGUUUUCUUUUAUUAAAUGGGGUUGUCAGUAUGUUAAACAUUGAAAUAGGAGGAGGAUGCAUAUUGUACUAUGCAUUCAAAUUUAUCACUGUUUUUCUGAAGGACUUUCCCUUUGUCCUUUCUAGUUAUGACUUGGGAAUGAGGUAACUUCUUUAUGCAUAGUAUUAAGGGUUAUAGUAUGAAGAAAUCAUAAAAUUGCAAGUUUGGGUUUGCAUUACUCUAAUGUGGGUUCAUUUAAUCUGAGAUCUUAAAUAUCUUGCAGCCUUAAAUCACUACAAACAUUUGCAUUUUUAUUAUGCCAGUUAUUUCCAAAAUGUAUUGUUAUACGUGUCACUUAUGUUUUUAAGCUAAUAUUGACUGUAGGAUAAUCUCCUUGUUCCCCUCAAAAUAGUCAUGAAAGUGUACAUGAAAAUAUUUUUAAAGAAUAAAUUUCUUUAAAUUACA